AUGGAUAAUCAGCUAGCAUUCCCCGUAAGUUGUCCAGAUGAAGUCUUCAAGAACAAUCCAAAGUUUGGCUACCUGUUGACAAAGUUGAUGGAAAAAUUGACACCAGAUGGAAGGAGUCAGCACAUACAAAAACAUUUUGAAUUGGCUCAGCAGAGAAUAUCCCAAUCCAGGCACACUUGGCUAAUGAGUGCUGUUAUUUACAAUGAGCUUUCUGAGUUUUUGGCUGAUUCAGAGAUUAAGUAUCAGGAGGGAACUCUGUCAGUUGAUGAAAGACAGCUGAAAGAUGUACUUUCUAAGGCCUUUGCAUUCAGUGAUGUUGGAGGUCAGCUAAAUAUUCUUUCAUCUGGAUCAACUGUUUUAUUUGGCUUAUCACCAGAGGUCAUUGACAAGUACAAUCCAGUCAAACACAAUACAACAGAUCUACAACAGAUAUUGCUACCAGUGCUUGAGAACAGAUUGAGAAAUAAAUCCCAAGAACUGUACAACUUCUUUGAUCCCAACAAUGAGUCUCUCUCAGAUCAUUUGCUGGUUGCCAAAUCACAGUCUUUGCCUGUGCUUGUUGAGCAGAGAAGACAGGACUUAGUUCAGGAAAUAGAAUCAUUGAAGCAAGAUAGAUCACUACGGGAUAAACAGUUUUGGAUGCAAUAUCAGAAAAUACUCGAGAGUCUCUCAAUCAUGGAAACCAUCAUCAGACAAUUCAAGUUGACUAAACAGGCGGAACUGGAUGAUGUCACAGUUCAAUUGCUGCAAGCUCAAAGUGAAGCCAUAUGUUUAAAAAUGAGAGUCCUGCAGCUGCAGAUUUUAUGUGAAGCAUACACACUGGAAACAGUCAAGGCCUUAAACAAAAUACGAGGUCAUCUUGAUCUUAGCAUCAUGGACACUGAAAGAGAGCUGGCUUCUACUCUGCAGUCUGUGCAAGCCUAUCUUGAUUUAGGCACACAGUUCAAGUCGUUAGUGGAGCAGAAUAAACAGCUACAGCAGGAGAUUGAGAAUAGAAAAUGGGCUCUCCAGCAAUUAGUGAAGAAGUGA